CUCAGUGUUCUGCAAGCCUCUGACCUGCUACAGUUAUGGCACCUAAAAAGGCCAAGAAGCGAGCAGUAGAAGGCGCCAACUCCAACGUCUUCUCCAUGUUUGAACAGGCUCAGAUACAGGAGUUCAAAGAGGCAUUCACCAUCAUGGACCAGAACAGAGAUGGCUUCAUUGACAAAAAUGACCUGAGGGACACUUUUGCCGCUCUAGGUCGGCUGAAUGUGCAGCAGGAGGAAAUUGAUGACAUGCUAAAGGAGUCAUCAGGGCCCAUCAACUUCACCGUGUUCCUCACCAUGUUCGGAGAGAAGCUGAAGGGGGCAGAUCCAGAGGAGACCAUCCUCAAUGCCUUCAAAGUCUUUGACCCAGAAGGAAAGGGUGUCCUACGGAAGGAGUUUGUUGCUGAGAUGCUGACCACACAGGCUGACAGAUUCUCUAAAGAAGAGGUAGAGCAAAUGUUCACUGCUUUCCCCCCUGAUGUAUCAGGGAACCUUGACUACAAGAACCUGGUCCACAUCAUCACCCAUGGUGAGGAAAAAGAUCAGGAGUAA